AUGGCUUGGCGGGGCCCACGUGUGGCCGCCUUCCUGUCAACCUCCCGGCCCAUCUCACCGAAAUUGGUGGCAUAUGGCUGGAACCUGAUGAGACCGGGACAGCGACUUCGACUAACCGCCCGACAACCGAAGGCGGGGCCCACGUGUGGCCGCCUUCCUGUCAACCUCCCGGCCCAUCUCACCGAAAUUGGUGGCAUAUGGCUGGAACCUGAUGAGACCGGGACAGCGACUUCGACUAACCGCCCUCACACCGACUUCAACGCUUGGAGCGCGGAGCAGAACCUGCACAACAAGUUUCUAAUCUGGGCGUACUGUCAAGACCGCGAAGUUUACUACGAGAGGUCCCAAAGCGAGGCCGCGUCCUCCCACCAGGACAACCGAAGGCGGGGCCCACGUGUGGCCGCCUUCCUGUCAACCUCCCGGCCCAUCUCACCGAACUUGGUGGCAUAUGGCUGGAACCUGACGAGACCGGGACAGCGACUUCGACUGCAGUGUCCUCUACCAGAACUACGACUGACGGCGCCCUUCUGGACACAUGAUGCAGCGCAGCUAAUGCAGCAGUCUGGCUGGUGGACUUCCACGACGACCUCUACGAGCUCUUCCUCAGUGACUUGGCCGUCGGACCAUGUCCGAGACACGGUUAACAACGAACUGUGUCAGAGUAACCUCGCGGACGUGAUUGAACUAAUCCGUCGACUACUUGCACACCAACGCCGGCUGGAGCAUAUGCAACGUCUUCUUCGGGUACAAUGGACCGUAAAUGCGGCAAUGACGACGCCUGUGAACGCGGCCACUCAUGAGCAGCAAAUUUGGAGGACAAUUGCCAAGGAGGACUUCCCCGUGACAUUGCCGCCUUGGAAACGGCCCUCCCAGGAAUUUCCCCGGCAACGCGGGCGGGCUAUCGACGUCGCGGAUAGAGAGUACAUGUGGCCAGACUCUAUGAACGCGAAGGUCGUCACCUUCCUGUUGGCGACUGGCCUGCGGAGUCGGAUCAACAUGCACGUCGUCGUGUUGCACGUGAAGGUCGUCGCAGUCAACGUCUUCCGCGACCUCGGGAUCCAACUCCAUCUGAUGAUGGAUAUCCUCGUCGUCGUCUCCAAGGUCGAUGGUAUCGUCGGCGUCUACAACCUCAACGGCCAGCUGUACGACACGAUCAAGCGCAUGUUCUUCGCCCUGCUCCUCCUGUUGGUGAACGUGAUUGUGAUCAUGAUGGUGAGGGGGAAGAUGACGUUGGUGUGGGUGGUUCCUUGUCGGCUGAGGGAGACGGUGCCUCUGGGGAUCACGGCUGUUGGCAAGAGUGACAUGGGUCAUCCAGGCGAGGCCGCCAAGAAGCUCUGCAGCUCAGCAUCUGCACCUCCUCUCCCGCCUCCGGCUGCGCCUCCGUCACCUCCCAAAGCUCUGCUUCCGACUGCAACGGCGAGCGCGGCCAGUCUUCCACUGAGUGAAGCGCAGAAGCUGCCCAAAGAGGGCCAGGAGCCCGCAGGCAGUGCUGGCCGACGCAGAGCACCCGAUGUAGCGCCAGAGGCCCCAAAGGCGCCUGAGAGCCUCGCGAAGGGCGGCCGCCGCGCAGCGCAAGCACCGGCAGAGGAUGUCGCGCCGGAAUGCCGAAAGCCCGAGGGCAGCAAGGGCCGUGGGAAGGAUCCUGAUAAGGGCGGCGACGCGGCGAUGCCACGACGGGCGGACAGUUUUCCGGAAGGCCGAAAGCCCGAGGGCAGCAAAGGCCGUGGGAAGGGUCCCGAGGAGUGCGGCGAUGCGGCGGUGCCACGACGGGACACUUUUCCGGAAAGCCGAAAGCCCGAGGGCAGCAAAGGCCGUGGGAAGGGUCCCGAGGAGCGUGGCGAUGUGGCGGUGCCACGACGGGAUGUCGCGCCGGAAUGCCGAAAGCCCGAGGGCAGCAAGGGCCGUGGGAAGGAUCCUGAUAAGGGCGGCGACGCGGCGAUGCCACGACGGGCGGUGGCGCCGGCCGAAACUGCGUCGCCCGGCAAGCGCAAGGCACCGGGCGCAGCUGCGCCAGGAGUAUGGGAGUUCAGCGUGAAGGACGGCUUCAAGGCUUUCGGCAAGGAAAGCCAAGACGUCGUCGAGGCACUUCACCAGGCUUUCCUGGCUGGGGGCGACCGCCUUGGCAGAGUCCCGAUGGGCAAGCACACGAUCCUGGUGGACUUCGUGGACAUGAAGCAACGGAUGGAGGGGGGCUCACGAGAGCGCUGUGUUCGUCGGCGACUGGCGUAG